AUGCAGGUGGCCUAUGAGGAGCUAGCAGAUCCUAGGGUGAUCAGUUAUACAUGGACAAAUAGAGAAGAAAAGAAAGUGAAUGAUGGAGAUGUGAAGAAGAAGAAGAAGAAGAAGAAGAAGAAGAAGAAGAAGAAGAAGAAGAAGAAGAAAGAGCUGUGCAUAAGUGCGCCCUUCUCCGUAUUGCCUCAGGCCACAUCAUUCUCCAAUGGGAUUUUAACUGUAAAGAGGUAGAUAUAGGUUGCUCUGACCACAGGGAGAUUAAUGAUUACCUUAAGUGCACUCCACAAAAGAGUCCACAUAACCUUCAAUGUAAACCCAACUCUCCUUUAAAAAUGGUGGUAAGUGCAUUUUCAAGUUACCAGAAAGACAACAAGGAAAAACAGAUGCCAUAGACUCAUAGGACAGAGGUUCCCCAUUUCCUCCCCAUGGACAACUUGAUCAUUACUGAUGGUCCUCAAGGACCAUUUAUUGAUUUUGUUGCUUGCGUAGCAAUUGCACUACGCCACGGUCAAAGCUGUGUCGUUUCUAAUUGUACUUUCAUUGCUUCUUUUAUUUCUCAUAUUGUAUUUCAUCACUUAACAAUAAUUCUAAUUAUAAGAAGCAAUCAAAAUGCAGUUAAAAAUCAUGAUGAAUAUUCAAUGUGGACAGGCCACCCAAAUCAAGUUCAUGGACCACAGGUGGUCUGUGCACCAGUUUGGGAACCUCAAUCAUUGAACAUUUGGAGUUGUCUUAUUCUGUUGGUCCAGCUUACCCAGUUUUAUUGGACUACAACUCCCAUCAUCCCCAGUUAUUGGAGUACAACUGUCCAGCUAAUGGUCAGGGGUGAUGGGAGUUGCAGUCCAACAACACCUGGGCACCCAAGAUGGAUCUAACCUGACAACAAAUUCUCCAGUAAUUGAGGCAGAAGUCUUUCCAGGAUUUGUGACCCAAGCCAGGGAUUGAACCGCAGCCAUCUCGAAGGCAAAGCAACCAUUCUACAGUACAACUGAAUGAUGGCCCUUCCCUAUUCAAAUCCCUUUGUGUCCACACAUCAGUUCGACUGCCUUAGUAAUUCAAGGCAUUGUGAGCUCUAAUGAAAAUCAAUGAAACAACGUAUCUAAAUCCUUCAAAUGUAGACGGCUCUUUCUCUCUUUACAGUGAAGGUUUAUUUGAUUUAGGAUGGAGACCAUGCAACCCCGCUGAGAAUCUGCCCUCAUGUUUAUCGUACAAAGUAUUUUUACGUCUUUGUCGCUCAACCACAGCCGCGUCCCUCUACUAGGCAAGCAAUUUCAUGGGAAAAACAGAACGUACCCGCAGAAGACCAUUAAGGGGACAUGGUGCCUUAAAUUAUGGCGUGAUCAGCAGUUGGGUCAGGCUAUUUUAAGAGCAAUCUGUAUUUUUAGCAUCUCCUGAAGAAGAAGGUUUCCCUGAGAAUCAAAAAAAAAGUUACUCUACUUGGAGGGUAUUUACUUACGGUUCCAAAGUCAUCGAGUCCUGCAUUUCCAGUUCUUAUUGUCCAAACACAUGUCUGUGAAAUGCAUACCUGGUUUCACAGGUAGACCUUGCAUUUAUUAUUAUUAUUAUUUUAUUUCUUGUAUUUAUAUCCCACCUUUUCCUCCAAGGAGCUCAAGGUUAAUUGGAGAUUUUUAAGCAGGGGUUGGGUAGGCAUCCAUUGGGGAUUCUUUAGUUGAGAUUCCUGCAUUGCAGAGGGUUGGGGGUAGAAGACCUUUUGGGUGCCUUUCAGCUCUUCAGUUCUAUGUUAAAUCAUCAGCUGUUUCCAUAGAAUCAUAGAGUUGGAAGGAACCCUGAGGACCAUCUGGUCCAACCCCCUGCAAUGCAGGAAUAUGCAGCUGUCCAAUACAGGGAUCAAACCUGCAACCAUGGUGUGAUGAGCACCAUGCUCCAACCAGCUGAGCUACCCAGGAAGUCACAAACAAGGCCUUCUCUAUUGGAGGGAUUUGGGGCACUCAAAACAAUGUUUGCUGGAUCCUUUCCUUUACCAUCGCUCUCAGUGACCCUUCACUUGCUCUCAGCGGUGUCAUCAUGUAGCCUGAACACAAUUGGCUGCUGCAUUAUGUCAUGGGGAGGUUGCCCUAGUGAAAUUGGUACUUCUGGUUUCUACCUGAAUAUGGAAACUGGAAAAUAUUCAGUGCAACUUUAUAUUGAUACUCAUUCUUGUUUCUGGAAGCAAUGAGGACUCUGUGCCUUUGUGAUUUGAGAGGUUCAGGAGGCCACCUUGAGAGAGUGGGUAAGAGCUCAGUAAACAAGGCUGCUCCAACCUGAGCUUUUGAAGGCACCCAAAUUCACUCCCAAACAUGGUCACCGGAACUGCAGAUUUGCACAGUUGGGUUCUACCUCUUUCCCCAUGAACAACUCCAGCCCCACCCAUGAUCCCCAUCUACAAAAGGAAAAGUUAGUUACGACAGAUCUUCUUAUCUGACCUACUUACAAACGUACAUGAAAGCGCAGUUAAUUUGGGCUGUUAUCUGUCAAAUUGAUAAAAAUCUCCCUGUUUGGUACUAAUUAUAUUCAGCAUGAAUUUCUCUGCACAGGGACAUUAGAAACGGCAUUAUGACCUCAAUGAGAGUGAGACAACUCCCUGAGUUGAGUUGGAAAUUUCCCCCUGGAGCUUUGCCCUAAUAAAAUUUCCAGGGCCUGUUUCUAUGGAGCAUUCCUGAAACAGUACAUUUCUCCCCUUCAAAAAAUAAAUAAAUCCCAUUGUCAAAUGUCAUGUAGAUGGUUGUGGUUUGAGGAAGGGUGGUGCAAUAAUGAGGAUCUUGUUUAGGAAAAUGAAGAAAGUUGUCACAUGUGUGAUGGGAGCCAAUGGGCUUCUUUGGUCAUGGAACGCAUGAGGAAGGGUAAGAGUCUUAAACAGAAUAGAGAUUGAGAUUAAAUAUUUGUUGUCCGUUAUAACUGUUGAGUAUGAGAACAAUCUACCAGGGAGACUCCAGAGUCAAAAGCCCUGAAAUAUAGACCAAUUUAAGGAGAUUAUAUCCAUGCCUGGCAUCAAUCAUCACCUCAUGUCACAGAGGAGGCAAGGAGACUCUAAAGUAACAUAAGAGACAAACCAAAAACCAGGAAGCACCAGAAUUCAAGCCCACAACAUUCAGGAAGUUUUGUAUGUAUGCUGCUGGGAGAUAUAUUUGUAUUCCAUCUUUGCUCACAUAAGCAAUAAAACAAAGGAAUCUUGCUCCUUUGGCCAGACAUAGCUUACUUCUUAAUUUUUCCACCAAAGUGAUUCGCUUAAUGGUCUUCUGCGAAUUAGCUAACAUGGCCCCUUUUUAGGUUCUUCAGAUGUUGGCAAACCCAGGCAGCUGCAAGAGGAUAACCAAUUUAAGGUUUGAAAUGACAAUCCUCAUUGUUGUUUUGAAAAAUAUGGUUAGCAGGGCCAAAUCGGGAGAUUCCAAUAGUUGCUCUCCAGUCAUUUUAGUAAUGUUAUGUAUGUAUGUAUGUAUAUGAAUAACAUUUUAUCUGUGCUAAGGUUUUUGGCAAAAAUAAAACCCAUGAGCAAUUUACAAAAAAAAUGAAAUAAAAAUCAAAGAACCAUAGAAUGCAUCCCAUGGGUCAUCAGAAAAAUCCUUCCACAAUAAAAGACAAAUACUUAUCAGAAUGCAAUAAAUACAUCUAAACUCCAUCAUUUAAAGCAGUUCCAGGAUAACACCCAGUGAAGUUGUUGACACCCAAAUUCAAUGUGUUUACAACUGACUGUAUGUGUGUUUGUGUGUAAAAUAUGAAGAUCCAUACAUUUCUCCUAGAAUGCAUACUGUUGUACGCAAUAUUGCACAGUACAUUCACUUUUGCAAGCCAUUUCACCUGGUAUAUGCUACUUGUGCAUAUUACUAUAAGUAAUAUAAUAAUUUUGUACGUGUUCUUUGGGCGGGGAAGUGCAAUUUCCAAAAGAAAGGUGUGUUUUGGCACGUGCAUUGGUAUGGGACGUGUGAAUUUUUUAGAUUUGCAUUUAAAUCAAGCUGAAUGAGUUUACUCCCCCAGCAGUAGAGUGCAAAAACUCGUCAUAUGGGAUAAGUUAUUCUUUGCAUCCUGCCUCAGCUUUUGCAGGGUUGGGGAAACUCAUAAGAGGAGGAGAAAAUAGCUAGACACACACAGUAAGCUAGUGCCCAUGAGCAGGGCCAGAUUUAGGUUUGAUGAGGCAAUGGGGCCCUUUAUAUGUCCAGCUGUCCUUGGUCAACAACAAAUUGCCACUGUUUUUUGUGUUUAAUAUAUGUAAUAUAGUAAUUUAUGGACCUGAGUGCUCACUGGAAGGACAGAUCGUGAAGCUGAGGCUCCAAUACUUUGGCCACUUCAUGAGAAGAAAAGACUCCCUGGAAAAGACCCUGAUGUUGGGAAAGAUGGAGGGCACAAGGAGAAGGGGACGACAGAGGACAAGAUGGUUGGACAGUGUUCUCGAAGCUACCAGCAUGAGUUUGACCAAACUGCGGGAGGCAGUGGAAGACAGGAGUGCCUGGCGUGCUCUGGUCCAUGGGGUCACGAAGAGUCGGACACGAAUAAACGACUAAACAACAACAACAAUUUAUGGACCUAAUAGGUAUCUAAAGCCAUUUGCACAUAAUAGUCAGUACAGAAUGUAGGCACCCUGUAUAUAGAAAUGAGCAAACCAGUGAUAUUUUAGGGAGCAGGCUAGCAGGCAGGGCCCAUUACUUGCAUCAUAGGAGCCUACACAACACAAAACACUGUUGCUGUAUGUAGGUUUUAUUUUAUUUGUUUUUUAUCUUAUAUUUUGGAAAUGUACAUCCAGUGGUUUUUUUUCCUUUAAUUUUUUGGGGGGCCCCCAAGAGAGUGGGGCCCUAAGCUAUAGCUUGUUUAGCUUAUAUGUAAAUCCGGCACUGGUCAUGAGAGGCUUGCUGGGUGAAGCACAGAGAACAUAAGAAAAGCCUGCUGGAUCUGACCAGUAGCUUAUCUAGACCAGCAUCCUGUUCUCACAGUGGCCGAACAGAUACUUGUGGAAAGCUCACCUGCAUGACUUAGGCUGACCUCAACUCUCCCCACCUGUUAUUCCCAGCCACUGGUGUUCAGAAGCAUUACUGCCUGUGACAGUAGCUAGUAGCCAUUGGUAACAGUAUCCCCCAUGAAUUAGUCCAAUCCAACAGGCUCUUCUUAUGAUGUUAAUGUUAAUCCUCAUCUAAAGCCUUCCAAGUCAACUAGUACUUCCAGUUGGUGCUUGUUUUAUAACUAGCAACUCGUGAUUUCGUCAACGUUCAUAUUUCCUGGCUCAGGGGGGAAAAAAUACAAGCUUGAGGAAUGAGGAUGUUGAAGAAAACACUCCAAAUAAUUCAUUCUCACUGAUUUAAUCCAUUUUGUCUGAUUUAAUUAAAGUUUAAUUGGGAUGAGAGUUUAAUUUAUAGAAUUUGGAAUUACUUUAUCCCUAUAUAAAAAAUUUAGUCAGCAGCUUGUCUGUAAUUAAUCUGAGUAUGUGGUUUAUACUUUCUGCUCUUCUUCUUCAUUGAUUUUUAUAAUAAUAUAUAUUACUUUCUCUUUUGACUAUUUCUAGAUUCAAAUGCAUUUAUAAGAAAAAUAAUUUAUUUCAAAGGUUUCUCUCCUCUCCCCUUUUCCUUCUCUUUUUCUUAUUUUAAAUAUUUAUUUUCCUAUACUUUUCUUUGCUUAGUUAUAAUAUGAUUAUAAUAUUCUAACAGAUGGAUUAACGAUGCCUGUUUUUAUUGCCCUGUUUGCGUAAUGAUAUAUCUCUUUUUGGUACUCAUUUUCAGCAUCUUGAUUAGGCACUUUCACAAUGCAAUGAAGAGAUAAUGCGGCUAUGCCUAUCUGAUUCAGUGACAAUGCAGACGUGUAUUUCUGAGCAUUUUUUAAAAAAAAUAACAAUACAUGUUUGAGUGACUCAAUGCUCAACUCAAAAACAAAUCAAGGGUCAUGACCUUGAAAGGCUGAGUUCCUAGAACCAUCAGGGCAGCUGUGUCCAGGGCAGCUGUUUAGCAGCUCCAUCUGGUACACAGGCUGAGACCCUACCUGCCCGCAGACUGUCUUGCCAGAGUGGUGCAUGCUCUGGUUAUCUCCCACUUGGACUACUGCAAUGUGUUCUACGUGGGGCUCUCUUUGAAGGUGACCCGGAAACUACAACUAAUCCAGAAUGUGACAGCUAGACUGGUGACUGGGAGCGGCCGCCAAGACCACAUAACACUGGUCUUGAAUGACCUACAUUGGCUCCCAGUACGUUUCUGAGCACAAUUCAAAGUGUUGGCGCUGACCUUUAAAGCCCUAAAUGGCCUCGGUCCAGUAUAUCUGAAGGAGCGUCUCUACCCCCAUCGUUCAGCCUGGACACUGAGGUCCAGCACUGAGGGCCUUCUGAUGGUUCCCUCACUGCGAGAAGCCAAGUUACAGGGAACCAGGCAGAGGGCCUUCUCGGUAGUGGUGCCCACCCUGUGCAAACCCUCCCACCAGAUAUCAAAGAGAACAACAACUACCAGACUUUUAGAAGACAACUGAAGGCAGCCCUGUUUAGGGAAGCUUUUACUGUUUGAUGGACUACUGUAUUUUAAUAUUUUGUUGGAAGCUGCCCAGAGUGGCUGGGGAAACCCAGCCAAAUGGGUGGGGUAUAAAUAAUAAGUUGUUGUUGUUGUUGUUGUUGUUGUUGUUGUCACUCCUAUCCAUCUCCAUUCAUAUCCUGCAGAAGCAUGUAGGUCAGUGGUACAACAUUUGCUUUACCCAGACUCAACCUUUGGCCUCUCCACAUAGGGCUGAGAAAAGCUCUGUGUCUGGAAGCCUGGGGAGCUACAGCCAAUCAGUGUAGACAACACUGAUCUAGAUAGACCAAUUGGUCUGACUUGUUACAAAAGUAGAUUCCUAGGUCCAUCGCUGGUCCUGCAGUUAUGUAGCUUUUUUGGAAGGCCAUUUCUGAGCCAGGCUGGAGGAAUUCUUCCUAUCACUGGCCAUACCUACAUGUUUGGAGACAACAGAUGACUAACUCGCCAGUAGUUUUUCUCAGUUCUUAAUUUAGAUUCAUUUACAUUGUUCACACACACACACACACACACCAGCUUACAGUGUUGGCAAGUACAGUUGAACAAGUCCUUAUUCCUCCACUCCAAAAGUCCAAUACCUGAACCUUCCCUUUGUGGUGUGGUUCCGCAGUAGCUCAUACUCUUCAAUCUUCUACUAAGCUAUACCUGUUGUUCUCUGGAUGCUGUGGGACUCCAACCAGAAAGAGAAUCCAGUUGGCCAAUGUGAUUACAGGAUGCUGGACUUGAAGGGCCAUUGGUCUCAUCCAGCAAGUUCUUCUUCAGUUCUUAACUCCCAUCAGCCCCAGUCAGGGUGGGCAAUGGUCAGGGAUGCUGGCAUCUGUAGUCCCAGGAAAUAGGUGUCAGUAUCUUCUCUGCUCCAGAGGACCAUUUCCCAAAAAAAGAAAAAGGCUUUUUUUCUGUCCCAUGUAGGACCAGUCUGGAAAGUUAGCCUUGGUGAAGACUUGACAUUUUCAUCCCCCCUAAAAAAGUUUUUGAUUUGAGUUUCCAUUGAAAUGAGGUUGUAUUUUAAUCUUUUAAUGUUUUAAUCUUGUUUUUAAGUUGUAUUUCAAUCAAUUUGCUUUUAUAUCAGGUGUUAGCCGCCCUGAGCCCGGUUUUGGCUGGGGAGGGCGAGGUAUAAAUAAAUUAUUAUUAUUAUUAUUAUUAUUAUUAUUAUUAUUAUUAUAUCUCUAGAUAUCACUUCCCUUAGGCAUUAGCCUUAUCAGGGCCAUUAGGUGACACCCUUUGGUGUCUCCAAAUAUUCAGGCCUCUCAUGAUGAGAUAUCUGAAUAGCUAUCACAUGGAAGAAGUCAAACACAUUAUAUUCUCUGCUGCUCCUGGAGAUUGGGACCAGAUCAAAUGUUACAGGUGAGUUUCCAUCAGGAGGAACUUCAAAGGGCUAUUCCACAAUAGACCCAAUUGCCUUGAUGGGUUGGAGGUUCUCCUAUGUUUUAAGUCUUCCAGUAGAAGCUAGACAGGCAUCUGUUGGAGAUGCUGGAGCUCUGGAUUCCCUGCACCAAGCAGAGAGUUUAACUGAAUGAUUAACACAAUCCCCUCCCAUGUUAUGUUACGUACAAGAUGGAUGAGAGAAAUGUCUCUUCCCUUUUUUCACUCUAUGAAAGUAAUUGGUGGGAAAGUUUCUCAUUGACAUCUCUCAGAGUUGGUACUCGAUGCAUGCGGUGGAAGUUGAGCUGAAAUGAAAUUUUCCAAAGGACUCAUUUUCUCAGAAUUUUUCUGUGGGGGGAAAAACAAGAUUUUGCUUUCCAAGAAAAAGAAGGCCACCUUGCAGAAUCUUUCUCUGCAUUCUGCACCAAUUUGUUCUUCUAGAGUGGCUGCAGCAAGAGUUGUUGCUGCAGCAAGGCAAACAAACAAAAACUGAGGAAACAAGGAAUGGCACGCCUCUGGUCAAUACAAAUGGGACCCCCCCCCAUGCCAAGAAACUGUUGGAGAAAUUCUUCGUCCACAAAUAGGGAGAUGAACUUUGAAAAUACAUUUGUGCACUGCUGUUGCUGCUGGGAAGGGGUGAUACUAGCUAAAUGCCGCAUGCAGGAAAAUUAGGAGAGAAUUUGGGAGAAGGGCUGUAGGUGAGGAGUAGAGCAUCUGCUGUGCAUGCAGAAGGUCCCAGGUUCAAAUCCCGGCAUCUCCAGGUAGGGCUGGGCAAGACCCCAGCCUGAAACCCUGGAGAGCUUCUGAAAAAUUCUGAGCUAGAUGGACAAAAUAUCUGACUUGGUAUAAGACAGCUUCCAAUGAUCCUAGAUGGUUCUGCUCAGCUGAAAUGUAUUUAGGAAAUGAAAUGAUUUAUUUUUAAGCUAUAAACUUAGAAACAUUACUCAUUGAGCUUGACUGAUUUCCUCAUUUUCCUGGGCUGACCCUUCAAGGCUUCUGAGAUCCACCACCCUUCCAUAAACUAUAUCAUAACAUGCCAUUUUAGCGAUAUUGUAGUCAACCAUUAAAAAAAAAAAAAACUUGCUCAGCAUGAUGAUUCUUAGCUGAGUUUGACAAGUUCUUUAUGGUCAGGUUUUUAAGCAGUUGGAAAAUAACAAGAAGAUGAGAGGGUGGAAGUGAAGGACAAACCAGCAGCUGACUGAACUGUGAUAGGACCCACUCAGACUCAGAUAUCCUCCCUUUAAUCUCUGGGAAUCUAGAUUUGUCUUUCAAAUUCGCUGAACCUUCCUUGAACCAGCUGCGGUCUGCAUGCUUUCACCCCCCGCAAAUCCACUUGUCUUGUUUUGAUAUUCUGAGCCUUCUGAGUUAUUCUGUAUGCAACAACUUAUGCAAAUCACAAUUGUGGUCAGACGUUAGUUAGCUGACGGUGCUGUUAUUUCUUCAGAUGGUUUAUGUGCAUGUAAGCUUAGGAGAAACCCUGAUAGAUCAUUAGGAUAAAUAACAGGCACCGUCUGUUCUUACACGUCAGCAUAAUCUGGCUGCGACGUGCGCCUCGUGGCUGCUGCUGAUCUAUUCUUCUGACCUGCGUUUCUCCAGUAACAUCUAGCAAAGGACGGGGUACACUAGAAUGUGAUUGCGCUUAACGCAGGGGUCAGCAAACUUUUUCAGCAGGGGGCUGGUCCACUGUCCCUCAGACCUUGUGGGGGGCCAGACUAUAUUUUUUUUGGGGGGGGAAUGAUGCAAGAGCCCCCGUGGCUGCUUACCUGUGUCUUGUGAGUGGCAGGGGCUGGCGGUGGCGGGACGAUGAGCGGUGCGUGAAAGGGCUCCGGAGAGGGGCUGCUUAAAAUGGCAGACAAAUGCUUAAAAUGGCAGACAAAGGGUCAGGCUGCCUGCUAUAACUGCUACUUCCUACCUUUAUUGAUAUAUAAUCCACCAAUAACAAGUUGUCCUGGCGUACUCUGAGGUUAGUCUCAAUGGUGCACAUGAUGAGCAGUGUAGUCUAAGCAGAAUGUUCUAUUGACCACAGUCCCAAGGGCAGUGCUAGAGAGGAGUCAGGAUCUAAUACAGGUUCAGGUCAAAUGCCAAGAGAAAGGUUCAGAGUCAGACGGUAAGGCCAGAUUCCUGCCUCUGCAGCAAAUCUAGGGUGGGAAUCCUAGGAUCAGUACAAAAAUCGCAGGCCAGUGGAAUUCCUGAAACUGUCAAGCCAUGGCUCAUCACCAGUGAAAGUUGAGCAGCCACAGAGACUCUUCCUUGCUUCUUGUUUAUUUCUCCCAGUCUUAUUUGACGCACCUGAGCUUGCUCCAGCUGAGUAGCCGUGUCUCUCCCCUUAAGAAAACAUGCAAUCAUCACCCGACCUGAAUUUAAUCCAGUUGAGUGGCCACAAACCUCUUCUCAGACCUAGCGAGCCCUAUGAUCUUCACCUCAUCAACUACACUAGUGGCCAAAAUUGUGGAAACCUUUUGGGGGGAAAGUGUGUUUCCAAGGUUUGAUGGCUCAUAACACCUGAUUGGCUCUCUUAACACUCAUGUUCAUUGGCUACAUUCAAGUGAAGGAAAGUUACUGCAUAUCAACCUAAGCAAAUCGUGCUUCCUUUUUCUGGUUAUUUGGCUUUAACUUUUGAUAGAAUACAGAAUUGAACAAACCUUUUUGCAUUCCAUUCUUCAUUAAAUUAUCUUUCCACUGAUAUAUAAUUUUAUGGUAUUACUCCAAAAAAAGUGGCGUUAUGAGCCAUUAAACCUCAGAAAUUUCCACAAUUUUGGCCACUAGUGUAGUAAGCUGGGCUGUGUUCUCUCACCUGCCUCAGUUUCUUAAACUGUAUUUCCCAUCCCACUGUGUUCCUGCAGAAGGGCACAUCUCUGGUUCUGGAGAUAUGUCCAUUUCUCCUGUCUCCUGUGAACUGUUGGCUGCCCGUUCGACAUCUGAUGUCCACUGAGUACCUUCUAAGUCCCCAACAUCCCCUUCACCCUCUUCAGCUUGUCCUGGUGUGUACCAGUUGUGGCUAUGCCCUUCUCCGGGAUCUUCUUCCCCUUCCUCGAUGUCCUGCCAGUUCAUGACAAAAGUGCUCUUGGUGGAAGGCCCUUGGCUUAGUGGUGGAGCAUUUGCUUUGAAUGCAGAAGGUCCCAGAUUCAGCCCUCAGCAUCUCAGGUAGGGCUGGGAGAUACCCUAGUCUGGAGAUCCACUCCCCAUCCGUGUAGCCAGUAAUGAGCUAGAUCAAGCAGUUAUUUGACUCAUUAUAAGGCUCUUGAAGCAAGUGUGAGUUACAAAGCUGGUGCAAAACACAGCCACCUGAUUGUUGGCUUGUUUAUAUUCUUCACCCAGGCAAGGAGAAGUCAUUAUCAAAGUUCAGGGUCACUUUCCAGCCAGGCAAAACUACUCAAGGAGGGUGCACAGAGGGAAUGGAGAGGGAGUGUAGUCUGGGGGUGGUCCUAUGGGUCAAAUAGAAGAGCUUGGAGACCCACAAUUAGCCCUGGGGUCUGAAGUUGGAAGGGAAGCAGAGAAUUGGGACACCCAUCAACCAGCACCUGUAGGAUGGAGAUGCUCCUCUCCAUGCUGUGUUUAUUUAUGCAGCAGUCGGACCAACAAUACGUGUCCCCAUUGCAGAGGAUUUCUCACCCUGGGCUCUUGGUUUCCCUUCCAACCUUUAAAGCAGAUUUGCAUCGCAUGCAGAUUUUAUAGCCCGACGUGUAAGGAAUCCGUCACCUCUGCUGUGUCUAAUUCAUCUUUGCUCUCUCUAUUUUUCCGCAUAAGCAGAUAUUGCAAAGUGAUAAAGCCCUGUGGAAAUAUGUAAGGCAGAUAAGCAAUCCUCAGGUACUUCUUUUAAUGUAGCAGAUGAAGAACUAUUCUCUUUAUUAGCAAGGUUCAUUUGUGUGUGAAAUCAGAUAGGCCUAUUUAAAGAAGAAGUGGCAAAAAUGAAUUUAUCUGUCACUGAACCGAUGCGCAAACGUUGGUGUGAGUUGCGGUGAAAUUGCAGAUUUGUUAGAAGUCGAUCUCCCACUUUCUUGUCUAACGUAAUGACUUACUUCUCCACAUCCUGAUCUUUUCCUGUAACAACCCCUCCCUGACCCCCUAUAUUUUAAGGUUAUCGGUUGCAACGCAAGCUGUUAGUCCUCAUCAACACUUCGUGAAGCGAGGACGUAAUAGCCCUCCUGGAACAGACCAGUGGCUCAUUUGGUCCACCAUCCUUUUCAGGGCAGAGUCUUCAGAGAUUUCCUGCUCCCAGCAGCACAGCUUCUUCCAGAGUCCCCGGUUAUGGGAAAAUCUCUUCUAUACAGUUCGAAGUAACCAAGUGUUUAUUGUCUCCAGGCACAAGAAAAUGCUAAACACUACGAUCAACUAUCUACAGUUCUUCUGGUUCUUUAAGUAAAAAUACAUAUGUACAGGGAAGUGACGCGGGUGGCACUGUGGUCUAAACCACAGAGCCUCUUGGGCUUGCCGAUCAGAAGGUUGACAGUUCGAAUCCCUGUCACAGGGUGAGCUCCCGUUGCUCAGUCUCUGCUCCUGCCAACCUAGCAGUUCGAAAGCAUGUCAAAGUGCAAGUAGAUAAAUAGGUACCGCUCCAGCGGGAAGGUAAAUGGCAUUUCCGUGUGCUGCUCUGAUUCACCAGAAGGUAAAGGGACCCCUGACCAUUAGGUCCAGUCAUGGCCGACUCUGGGGUUGCAGCGCUCAUCUCGCUUUAUUGGCCGAGGGAGCCGGCGUACAGCUUCUGGGUCAUGUGGCCAGAAUGACUAAGCCGCUUCUGGUGAACCAGAGCAGCACACGGAAACACCAUUUACCUUCCCGCCAGAGUGGUAGCUAUUUAUCUACUUGGUUAGGUUAGGAGGAGCAGGGCUCGAGCAACAGGAGCUCACCCCGUCACGGGGAUUCGAACCGCCGACCUUCUGAUCGGCAAGCCCUAGGCUCUGUGGUUUAACCCACAGCGCCACCCGUGUGCCAAGUGAGGACCAUAGGAAUCUCCUAACAACUUUCUGCACCCUUAACAAACCACAGCUCCCAGAAUUCCUUGGGGGAAGUCAUGGCUGUUUAUAGUGGUAUCAUAGUGCUUUAAAUGAAUGGUGUGGAUGAGGCCUGACUAUACAAUGCACCUGAUACACCUUCCUUUCUUGGAGAAGCAGGGAGAAAAUUAAAGUACAGUGAUACCUCAGGUUACAUACUCUUCAGGUUACAUACACUUCAGGUUACAGACUCUGCUAACCCAGAAAUAGUGCCUCAGAUGAGAAGCUUUGCUUCAGGAUGAGAACAGAAAUCGCGCAGCAGCAGGAGGCCCCAUUAGCUAAAGUGGUGCUUCAGGUUAAGAACAGACCUCCAGAACGAAUUAAGUACUUAACCUGAGGUACCACUGUACAUAAAUGGAAAUAUGACACUUUUUAAAAAGCCCUUUAACUUUCUGAGUCAUAGGCUCCAACCCAGGGGGACCCCCAGCAUUCAAAGAACCAAGAAGCCCCCACAAGGCCUGAACUGGAAGCCCCCCUUCCUUAUUGCCAAGAGGUGAUACACGCCCUUUGACAAAACCUCCUUAGCGUGCUUCAUGCACAAUAUAAUAGGGGCCGCGACUUAAGUGGCAGACAGCUAAAAGAUUUUGAGAGAAAAUAGAAUUUACUAAAUCCCUUUCUCUUUUAUGUUGCCUCUCGUAUUUAUUUCUCAUCUAUUUAAUUGUGCCGUUUCCUUCCUCCCUUCUUUCCUUUCUCUUUCUUUCUCUCCACUCCCCCCCCCCCCGCCGCCCUUUUUGUCUGACAAUCUGCCUUGUAUUUUAAACACAUCUGAAUAGUUUCCCAAUGUUCUAUUCAGAUUGCCUUAAGCUAUUGAUAAUAGUUUCCUUUUUUAAAAAAAUAAUAAUUAUAUAAUAAUAAUAAUAAACGAGAAGAGGAUUCAGGCGAACUCAAAUUCCGAGUACAGCUGGUUCAGCAAGGGAAGUGAACUCUGAGGUAUUUGAAUAGAUAAUCUAGAAUGAUGCCAUUUCCUUAUCAGCAUUUAGAGAAUAAAUACAUGUUCAUUGUGGGAAUAAAAAAAAAUUAAGAAAGGAAUACAAUAGGAGCAUUUGGUUUAAUACAAUCUCUUUAGGAUUGGAAGCACCAAAUAUUAUCCCCCCACCCACCCCACCCUCUGGGUCUAAAACAAUGAAUGCCUUCAAAAGAGUUCAGUUCUGUAUUGUUGGCGACUAGGAGAAAUAGUCUGCAGAAUUUAAAUACUUCCUUUAGAUACUGCUGCUUUGCUCCCCUUUAUUAAUCACAUUUAUAUCUUGCCUUUUGUAAAGGAGUUCAGGGUAGCUGCACACAGAUGUUAGACCUUUUCUGUAUAUAUAUAUUUUUCAACAGCCCUGUGAAAGCGUGUGGCUGACCCAACUUCAGCCAGCAAGCUUCAUUGCUGAGGAGGAAUUCGAACUCAGGGCUCUACAGGGGUGCAGCUCAGUGCUCACAGUUUGCCACCAAACUGAGCAUUUCACACAAGUCCUUGCCAUGGGAUCACAUUCACCCUGUGCUAUACUGGCUCCCGGUGGAGUACAGGAUCAGGUUUAAGGUGCUGGUUUUAACCUUUAAAGCCCUAUAUGGCCUAGGACCCUCGUACCUAUGGGACCGCCUCUCCUGGUAUGUCCCACGGAGGACCUUACGGUCUUCAAAUAAAAACAUCUUGGAGGUCCCAGGCCACAGGGAGGUUAGGCUGGCCUCAACCAGAGCCAGGACUUUUUCGGCUGUGGCCCCGAUCUGGUGGAACGCUCUGUCACAAGAGACUGGGGCCCUGCGGGACUUGACAUCUUUCCGCAGGGCCUGCAAGACAGAGCUGUUCCACCAGGCCUUUGGCCAAGGCACAGUCUGACCCCCUCCUUUGGUAAUCCUCACAGAACUCUAGCCCAAUGGUUGCCAUUAAUUUGAUUUUGAAUUGAUUUUAAAGUGAAUUGAUUUUAGAAUGCUGUGUUACUUUUAUUGUUGUUAGCUGCUCUGAGCCCAGCUUCGGCUGGGGAGGGCGGGAUAUAAAUUAUUUAUUUAUUUAUUUAUUUAUUUAUUUAUUUAUUUAUUAUUAUUAUUAUUAUUUCUGACCAUCAGAUCUGUUUGACAGCGGAACAGUCUCCCUCAGGAGAUGGUGGUCUCUCUUUACUUGGAGGUUUUUAAGCAGAGGUUGGGUGACCAUCUGUCAUGAAUGCUUGAGAUGCAGGGAGUUGGACCAGAUGACCCUUCUAAUUCUAAAAUUCUCUUAUUCUACGGAAACUUGCUGUCAGAUGGCUGUUGUGGUUGCUCGAGAGUAACCAGGCAGGACUCCAAACCUGUGUUUGACAGGUUUUAUUUUGGUGCAAGCUAGAGAAAGCUAGAGAGUUCCAGAAAGACAUCUACUUCUGCUUCAUUGACUAUGCAAAAGCCUUUGACUGUGUCGACCACAGCAAACUAUGGCAAGUUCUUAAAGAAAUGGGAGUGCCUGAUCACCUCAUCUGUCUCCUGAGAAAUCUCUAUGUGGGACAAGAAGCUACAGUUAGAACUGGAUAUGGAACAACUGAUUGGUUCAAAAUUGGGAAAGGAGUACAACAAGGCAGUAUAUUGUCCCUGCUUAUUUAACUUAUAUGCAGAAUUCAUCAUGCGAAAGGCUGGGCUGGAUGAAUCCCUAGCCGGAAUUAAGAUCGCCGGAAGAAAUAUCAACAACCUCAGAUAUGCAGAUGACACAACCUUGAUGGCAGAAAGUGAGAAGGAAUUAAAGAACCUUUUAAUGAGGGUGAAAGAGGAGAGCACAAAAUAUGGUCUGAAGCUCAACAUCAAAAAAACAAAGAUCAUGGCAACUGGCCCCAUCACCUCCUGGCAAAUAGAAGGGGAAGAAAUGGAGGCAGUGAGAGAAUUUACUUUCUUGGGCUCCAUGAUCACUGCAGAUGGUGACAUGAAAUUAAAAGACGCCUGCUUCUUGGGAGAAAAGCAAUGACAAACUUAGACAGCUUCUUAAAAAGUAGAGACAUCACCUUGCCAACAAAGGUCCGUAUAGUUAAAGCUAUGGUUUUCCCAGUAGUGAUGUAUGGAAGUGAAAGCUGGACCAUAAAGAAAGCUGAUCGCCAAAGAAUUGAUGCUUUUGAAUUAUGGUGCUGGAGGAGACUCUUGAGAGUCCCAUGGACUGCAAGAAGAUCAAACCUAGCCAUUCUGAAGGAAAUCAGCCCUGAGUGCUCACUGGAAGGACUGAUGGUGAAGCUGAGGCUCCAAUACUUUGGCCACCUCAUGAGAAGAGAAGACUCCCUGGAAAAGACCCUGAUAUUGGGAAAGAUGGAGGGCACAAGGAGAAGGGGACGACAGAGGAUGAGAUGGUUGGAUGGUGUUCUUGAAGCUACCAGCAUGAGUUUGAACAGACUGCGGGAGGCAGUGGAAGACAGGAGUGCCUGGCGUGCUCUGGUCCAUGGGGUCAUGAAGAGUCGGACACAACUAAACGACUAAACAACAACAACAACAUUUUGGUGCAAACUAUUUACGCCCGCUCCCUCGGCCAAUAAAGCGAGAUGAGCACCGUAACCCCAGAGUCAGCCAAGACUGGACCUAAUGGUCAGGGGUCCCUUUACCUUUACCUUUAUUUACAGUGAAGAGCCCCAAAGCUCAUGUCUGGCUCAAUCACUUGCAGAAUCCGGGAGUGGUCUUUUUUUGGACCUCCCCCAACAUAAGAGUUUCGUUCCCCCCUACCUUCUCCUUCCCUCUUUGCGCCUUAGGCUACUGCGCAGGAUGGGCGAUGGCAAGGGCGUGUUUCCCUCCUGUCCGGCUUGCCCAGGAGUGGUGUUAAGGCUCCCACAGCAUUCUCUGGUCCUUGCACCUCUUCCCCACUAGAGGUGGGGCUUUCCUCCUCCCCAGAAGAGGAACUGCUUCGCAAGAUUUUUGGAGGCUCCCUGUAACACAACUGCCCUCUAUUCCUUGCCUCUGAGUCGAUGGCAGUUCCCUGACACUUACAUAUGUUGAGUUGGCUAGUUUCUACACACACACACACACACACACACACACACACACACACACGUUCUCUAUCCAGGUGAGCAAAACAGAUUCUCAGAAAGCACAUUUCAGGCAUGCAAAACAUUCAAAGAAAAGUACAGGGCAGGUCCAGUGAGGAGAAUUGCCUAUGGAGAUGUAGGUAAUAGGUGGGAUAAGCCAAAGAGAGUACAAAUGUCCUGGAGUGCCACAUUUUGCCCCCAGCUCUGAGGUUCCCAACCUCUGAAUUAUACCCAAUGGUUGUAUGAAUGGGUAUUCAGUUCAGGGUAGGAAGAGGAGGAAAAUUUCCUUCUUAUUUCAUGCCUCUUGAGCCCUUUCCUAAUAGAGACAUCAAUGGGAUGUUUAAUCAUACCUGUGGGUACCAUCAUAAUAAUAUAUAUAUAUAUAUAUAUAUAUAUAUAUAUAUAUAUAUAUUCACUUUUUCGUCAGCCGACACAUGUUCCAAGCCUUCCAGGAACCAAUUAAGUUGACAUUUACCAAAUGUGACUCUUAGAGCAAAAUUGGUUCUUCUUCAGCAGCAGCAGCAGCAGCAGCCUCGCUGUGGUUCCUGCUCCAUCCUUGACUAUUGUUGGCUAUGAUUGUGUGCAAAUGUAUUUGAUGCGCUGAAGGGGAGGCAUCGAAAUGAGGACAAUGCUUCCAUCCACAGGGCUCUUGCAUGUAUAGAAGUCAGUUAGGUCUGACAGACAGCACGGGGACCUGGUCAGAUAAGGCACAGGAAUGACUUGGUCUGCAGGUAGCUGGUGUUGGGUGUCUUGUUGAUUAGAAUAGAAUAGAAUAGAAUAGAAUAGAAUAGAAUAGAAUAGAAUAGAAUAGAAUUUAUUAUUUAUACCCCACCCAUCUGGAUGAGUUUCCCCAGCCACUCUGGGCGGCUUCCAACAAAGUGUUAAAAUGCAGUGGUCUGCUAAACAUUAAAAGCUUCCCUAAACAGGGCUGCCAUCUGAAGGUCUGACAUCUGAAGUCUUCUAAAAGGCUGGUAGUUGUUCUUCUCUUUGACAUCUGGUGGGAGGACGUUCCACAGGGCAGGCACCACUACCGAGAAGGCCCUCUGCCUGGUUCCUUGUAGCUUGGCUUCUCGCAGUGAGGGAACCACCAGAAGGCCCUCGGGGCUGGACCUCAGUGUCCGGGCAGAACGAUGGGGGUGGAGACGCUCCUUCAAGUAUACCCUUCAGGUAGAUUGGAAGCAUGCCAUCCAAGGUUCCUAAGAUGAAAACAGGGUUAUUUCUCACUCUCCUGCCCUGACCCUCCUCAACCCCCCAUUUCUUGUGCCCCACCCCACCCCUGCAGAGCAUUUCAUAUCAGAAGAACCACAACUACACCAAUGGGACACAGCGCACAGGCCAUCCACUGUCCUGAGAAAACCACUCAAUCCUUAUUUUAUUUUAUUCUUUGGUCGGUUUACGAAAAGAACACACACCAAUAAAUAAAUUUUAGAAAGGGGCAAGAUUAGACGCGGAUGCACGUUUUUUAAUAUUAAAAAAAUGACUCUUCCGCUCUGCUCCCCCUUUCUUCCCUUCCAGAGUGACCCUGCCCUCUAGCUGCCCCUCAGAGCUGGCAUCUCAUUCAUAAUAAUAAUAAUAAUAAUAAUAAUAAUAAUAAUACUUUAUUAUUUCUAUCCCGCCCAUCUGGCUGGGUUUCACCAGCCACUCUGGGUGGCUUCCAACAAAAUAUUAAAAUUACAAAUACCCAAAUACAGACGGUCAUUUACCCUCGCUAGAUUCAACGUGCUGCCACCUGCCUUAUUGCAGGGCAGAUUCGAGGGUAAACCAUACGUGGAAUGAGUCUGCCCCUGCAGCUUGAUGGAGGUAGAAACUGUCUCUCAUAUCUUGUUAUGCUGCUGUUUCUACGGCGGUAUUUAUCACUCCUGUUAUACAAAAAUCUCCAAAUGGGUCCGAACUUCAACGUCUAAAACUCCUGAUAGAGGACAAGGAUCUAGAGAUCACGCUAAGGGUGGCCAAAUUCUGUGUGACUGCCAUAAAACGUAGGGAACAAGCUGUACUACCAAAAUGAUUAAGGUUUUAAAUGACAAUUUUAGGUUAUAUUUUUGUGAUCAAGAUAUAAUAUAUAUUUCUAACUGCCGCUAUAUCUGAAUUGUCUCUGUUAUAUCCAAUUGCAAUUCAGUGUAUUCCUGUUGUGUUUUAUGAUUUUCCUGAGAUUGUAAGUGAGCUGGAACUGGUCUUUGACUGUAAUAAUAAAAUUCAAUUCAAUAAAACGUCAGAUGUUAAAAACUUCCCUAAACAAGGCUGCCUUCAGACGUUGUCAUCUUCUUCUUCUUCUUCUUCUUCUUCUUCUUCUUCUUCUUCUUCUUCUUCUUCUUCUUCUUCUUCUUCCUCCUCCUCCUCCUCCUCCUCCUCCUCCUCCUCCUCCUCCUCCUCCCAAUUCAGAGCUGGGCCUCGACAGCAGCAGCCUCUCGUCUUCCUUGCCCACUCUCCAGCAACUGCUACAAGCUGCCCAAGGGCAGCAGUGACCAUGGAAAGGCAAUGGGAUGCUUCUUCACAGCUGCAACCACCACCACUGUUGUCACUGAGGACAAGCGCUGGCUCAUCCUCCAGCCUGAGCUCAGUGCUGCUGGUGCUGAAUGGGACAAUAGGGAAUUUCCAGGAUCAAAUCAGAAGCCAGGAUUGCUUUUGACAUUCCUGGACUUUCCCUGGAAAAUUGGGACACUGGGAGGGUGUGUGAAAGUCUUUACUGCAACGCUGUGUGUGUGUGUCAGUUUUCCAGGGUCUCCGAAGCUCAGAAGCAAAGAUGCAGGCAGUGGAUCCUCAGAAGUAAUGGAUCAGAAUAUAAGAAGAGCCAGCAGGAUCAGGCCAAUGUCCCAUCAAAUCCAGCAUCCUGUUCUUACAGAUACCAGCCAUAUGCCUGUUGGAAAACUGCCAGCAGGACCUCAGCAGUUCUGCCCUUCUGCCAUGGGAAUCCCAAAGGGCCAAGGUCCCCUUGCCUUCCAACAAAAUAUUUGAGGGACCCACCAAAAAGUUGACAGGCUUUGGCAGGGCCAGAUUUAGGUUUGAUGAGGCCCUAAGCUACUGAAGGUAAUGGGGCCCUUGAUAUGUCCAGCUGUCCUUUGUCAACAACAAAUUGCCGCUGUUUUUUGUGUUGAAUAUAUGCUAUAUGGUCAUUUAUGGACCUAAUAGGUAUCUAAAGCCAUUUGCACACAACAAAAUAUGUAUUUUAUCAAAGUAAUUGUUGAACUGAAAUACAAUUAAGAAGUUUUAUGUUAAUGGUGAAAUACAGGCAGAGCCCAUUACUUACAUCAUAGGAGCCUACACAACACAAAACACUGUUGCUGUAUGUAGGUUUUAUUUUACUUGUUCUUUAUCUUAUAUUUUGGAAAUGUACAUCCAGGUUUUUUUCCUUAAAUUUUUUUGGGGGCCCCAAGAGAGUGGGGCCCUAAGCUGUUUAGCUUAUACGUAGAUCCGGCACUGGGCUUUGGCAUUCAUGCACCAUGUCUUGUGAUCAAUUAUAUGGUGUGGGGCUUACCUCCCCCCCCUCCUAUUUUAUUCAAGUUGGCAUCCCUGCUUCCUGAGGCUUCCAGCAACUGGUGUUCAGAAGGAUUACAGCAACCCCUGAUAGCUCAGAACCUGAGCUAUCUCAGGUUUAUGGGUUUGAGCCCCAUGUUGGGUAAAAGAUUCCUGCAUUGCAGAGGGUUGGACUUGAUGACUCUUGAGGUCCCUUCCAUCUCUGGAAUUUUAUGAUUCUAUGCCUUUGACUGUGAAGGCAAAGCUAGCAGUCAUUGAUAGCCUUAUCCUCCCUCAACUCAUCCUCUUUGAAAGCCAUCCAAAUUGAUGCACAUCACUGCGUCCUCUGGAAGUCAACUCUGUAGUUUUACUAGCACUGCAUGGCGGGACGUGGGUGGCACUGUGGGCUAAACCACAGGGCCUAGGGCUUGCCGAUCAGAAGGUCAGUGGUUCGAAUCCCCGCGACGGGGUGAGCUCCCAUUGCUCGGUCCCUGUUCCUGCCAAUCUAGCAGUUCGAAAGCACAUCAAAGCGCAAGUAGAUAAAUAGGUACCACUCCAGCGGGAAGGUAAACAGCGUUUCCGUGUGCUGCUCUGGUUCAUCAGAAGUGGCUUAGUCAUGCUGGCCACAUGACCCAAAGCUGUAUACCGGCUCUCUCAGCCAGUAAACGAGAUGAGCGCUACAACUCCAGAGUCAGCCACGACUGGACCUAAUGGUCAGGGGUCCCUUUACCUUUUAGGCACUGCAUGAAGAAGUAGUUUUCUUCCAUCAAGAUGGCUGCUGAGAAAUCAGGGAGGUGAAUCUGAUAGGGUUAGAAGCAUGAGGCUUAGUGUGGUUUGCUGUGUUGGGCAGAAUAUUUUGCUGUGUGUAUUUAUUUUACACAUUUAUAAACCACUUCCCUGCCUGAAGUCACCAAAAAGGUUCACAACAAGUUAAAGAUGCAAAAACUAAACAGUUAAAACCAUGCAAUUUCCCCUUAUAUACACUUUUUUUGCAAGCAAUAAAAUGUAUUCACAUUUCUUACACAAAUCUUCCCCUAAAAUAUCAAUUUUUGUACAUGUCUUUUGGCUGGAGAACUCCAUCAUGCAAUCUGGAGAAAAGGUGAUUUUCGUUUUUCCCCCCCACCCCAGUAUAUAUUUAUUGUCAUUUUUCCAGCGUACCAGAACAUGAUGUCCUGCUUUAUACAUCAGUGUUACAGAAACAAAAGCCACAGAAACUACAAAACUCAACUCUGGAGACGUCAUCACCGUCGCAGCAAUAA